AUGGCGAGUCGUUGUAAGAAGCGACGUCCCGAAAGUGGAUCUGGAGAGAUGAGUGUUGGAGAGUAUCUUGCGUUAGGAAUGGACGAGAAAGGUCGUGCUGAUAGCAGCUCAUGCGGUACUGAUAGUCCCGAUACCGCUGGAGAUGUACCGCCGGCGCUCGAUAGAGGUGAUUCUAUCGAUGACUCAUCACCGCAGCCGCCCAUUGAUUCUACGAAAUCAGUGGAAGCAAUUUUUAUUCGUGAAGCAUUAGCGUUCCGUGCAAGGGGUGGAGGUUGCGGUAAGCCCCUCGUGCAUUACAUGGAUGGUUUUACUAUUGAGGAAUCUGACGUUCCGUUUCCGCUAACUCAGUACGAUAAACUCACUGAGCUGGUGUCAUCCGAUGUUCUGGACGAUAUCAUGCCGAUGAUUGCAGAUAUCGACGUCAAAACUAAAACUGAGCCUAAAGGUAACGAAUUGUGGAACUCUUCCUCGAUCUUCCUCCACCUUCCUGUAUAA